AUGGCAGAAAAAAAGCGAAACCUUUUUGACUCUCAUAUAAAUUAUGGCCCACCUUCGAAGAAGCCGUAUAAUCCCCAAAAUCCUCAAGGCAUAAAUUCAAGCGACAAUGGAACGAAUGAUGAGAUGACAUCUAGUAGUCUUAAUGCUCCUCAGGCUAUCGCAAACAUAGACAUUUCGGAUCCAGAGUGGCUCGAGAGAUAUCAAAAGGAAGCUUUAAUUCGUGCACUGAGAGAAUACAAGAGACAAGCAGAACGUGCUUUAGAAAUGAACGAUGAACUUCAGUCAAAAGAAAUUGAGUAUCAAAAUCGACUAAUAAUCAUUGAUCAAUUUUUGGAAUACUUACGAAUGUUUCUUUGUCGAUUUGAUGAAGAAGGUGCAAUGAUGGAUAUUUGUUCUGAUGGAGCUUAUCUGCAACAUAUGUCGAACAUUAACACGGAAGAUAAAACACUAGAAAACACCAAAGAGGUGGUUUCUAAGAUUGUUGAUAAAAUAAUAACAUGGUUGAAUGAACGAAAUUUACUUAUCAAAACAUUACAAACUGAACAAUCUAAAGAAUCAAAAUGCUCCGAUAUUUUAACAAGUGAAGUACAGAAGUUAAGCAGACUAUAUAUCAGCGUUUUGGAAAAAAUUAAUGAUCAGGAUAAUAGGUUAAGUGAGCUGCAUGAUCUAACGCGGGAACUAGAGGUGACAAAGGCUAGUCUUGAUUCAACCUCUCAACAACUUGAGGCUACUCAAGAUAAACUUUCAAAACUUGAAAAGAAUGCUGAUAGAUCAAAUAGCUUCACUUUAAAUCCAUUCCUACAUACAGGGAAGAAAGUUGACACAAGCGCACAAUCGAGUAACAGUGCAAAUCGUGCAUUAGAUGAACGGAUGGAAGUGGUUGAGCUUCGGACAAUAGCUGAAUCUCGAUUGAAAGAGUGUAACGAAUCACAGUAUGAAAAAGCUGAAUUGAAGAAAAAAAUUUACGAUCUUCAGGAAAAGUUAAAAUAUGUUCCUGAAGAUCGUAUCAAAGAGUCAGAAUUGUAUAAAGCUUUGCAAGUUGAGCUAGAACACCUUCAACAAUCCUACUCACAUUUAUAUUCUCUCUUUGAGGAAAAAACUCGAGAAGUGCAAAUGCUGACGGCUUCACGAGACAAAGCAGAUGAUUUACUAAAAGCUGAAAUGAAACGCAUGGAUCAGGAGUUUCAAGAUGUAAAGCAGGAAUAUCUUAAUGACUUGGAUCGAAUUCGUGCUAAAAGAAAUGAAUUGGUCAAAGAUGUUGAAACAUUACGAUCAAUGAUACCGCAAGAAUUUCGACAAAUUUCAGCAAUUAGGAUGCUUGCAAAUGAUAGAAUGGAAUUUAUUCAUAUUUUAAAAGAAGAGAUCCGUAAACUAAACAUUAAAAUUGCAGCCUUUGAAGGCAACAAAAAUUCCAUUGAACAUAUACGUAAUGUUCAACUUACACCUAAUGAGUUGAGUUUUAGAGAAUCCCAAGGCACUGAUAUAGCGAAAUACAUAACCGAAAGCCUCUCAUAUGAGAAAGUAGAUCGAAAAGAUGAUAAAUUAUCAAGAUCAACUCAAAAUUCACCAACAAUUGACUCACAGCAGCCCUUGGACGUCAAAGAGCUUAUUAAUAGAAUUAAAGACCUCGAGCUUAUGAAUGAUAUUUUGAAAAAAAAUGAACAAGCACAGUCUCGAGAGAUUGAGUCAUUAUUCAACCAGCUGGAACAAAGAGAUGAUGCGAAUCACAAAAAAGCUUUCGAAAUUUGUACACAGGACCAAAGAGUUUACACUCUUAAACAAUCGCUCACGAAGUUUCAGCAAAGAUUAAAUGCAGUAACAAUGGAAAAUGUUUCACUUCAAAAAGAAAGAAGUUCUAUGGCGGUUGUUAUUCAAAAUCAAAUUGAUGUAAUACGUCAACAUAAAUACCUCUUAACAAAUUUAAAGUCUCAACUAGAAAAUCAUAGUAAUGAAGCGAGUACUACGGCCCAAACAUUGGCCAUAUAUAAACAAAAAUUGCAAGAGUUUGAACUUGAAAUUAAACGUUAUAAAACUAAUACUGAGAAUUUAAAUAAAUUAAGGAGAAAUGCGUCAUCAGUUCCAUCAGAAACACAAAGACUCCUUGAGGCCUAUGAGACUAAAUGGAAAUGUUCAUCUUGUAAUAUAAGAUUCAAAGAUCAUUGUUUAUCUUCAUGUAUGCAUGCUUUUUGCAAG